UUUUAAACCUUUUGAAGAUUAUUUAGAAUCUUGGAAGAAAUCCUAAAGGGAAAGAAAAGAGUUUCUUCUUCUGAUGUAAUUUUAUAAGAGAAAAAGAUGGGGAACAUGAAGGCACCGCCACUUUCUUCUUCUUCGUCUUCAUCUGGCGUUCUUCGGAAAGGUCGUCUCUCUACUUAUCUCUACACCCUCUUAGCUUUCAUUCUUCUUGUAGCUAUCGUCCAUGGAGAAUAUUUCGCUUACAUUUUUGGCGGGCUUGAACCGACCCGGCCCACCCGAGUUGCCUCCCCAAAACCAGUGAAGAAAAGGGAGGAUUACAAGGUGCCGCCGUUUGCAGUGGGGAAGGGACAAGAGGGGUGCGAUGUAUUCAGCGGGAGGUGGGUUAGGGACGAGUUGACUCGGCCUCAGUAUGAAGAAUCGGAGUGCCCCUACAUACAGCCGCAGUUGACGUGUCAAGAACAUGGGAGACCGGACACCGAGUAUCAGAAAUGGCGAUGGCAACCACAUGGCUGCGAUCUUCCCAGAUUCAAUGCCACAUUAAUGCUAGAGAGUCUAAGAGGGAAGAGAAUGAUGUUUGUGGGUGACUCAUUGAACCGUGGCCAGUAUGUAUCCAUGAUCUGCCUUCUUCAUAGACUCAUCCCUCAACACAAAAAAUCUAUGGAGACCUACAACAAUGAUGCCCUCACUGUCUUCCGAGCCAAGGAUUACAAUGCCACCAUCGAGUUCUACUGGGCUCCGUUCCUUUUGGAAUCGAACUCGGACAAUGCUGUAGUUCACAGAGUAUCGGAUAGGAUAGUGAGGAAAGGUUCGAUAAACAAGCACGGGAAGCAUUGGAAGGGCGUCGACAUUUUGGUUUUCAAUACGUAUCUGUGGUGGGUGACCGGGCAGGACAUGAAGAUCUUGAAAGGGUCGUUCGAGGACGUUGAGAAAGAAAUAAUAGAGUUGUCGACGGAGGAUGCAUAUCGUAUGGCGAUGAAGAGCAUGUUGAAAUGGGUGACUCGAAAUAUGGACCGCACCAAGACGAUGGUUUUUUUCACCAGCAUGUCCCCCACACAUUCUAAGGGCGACUGGGGUGGAGAGCCUGGGGGGAACUGCUACAACCAAACAACAUUGAUCCAAGAUCCAAGCUACUGGGGUACCGAUAGCAGGAAAAGCAUAAUGAAGGUGAUCGGGGAAGAGUUUGGUAAAUCCGAGUUCCCGAUCACGUUCCUCAACAUCACUCAGCUCUCGAGUUAUCGGAAAGACGCCCACACGUCGAUCUACAAGAAGCAAUGGAAUCCGUUGUCGCCAGAGCAGCUAGCCAACCCCGCUAGCUAUGCCGAUUGCACGCAUUGGUGCUUGCCUGGACUUCAAGAUACUUGGAAUGAGCUUCUCUUUGCCAAGCUCUUCUAUCCUAAUUCAGCCUAACUUCCAUACCAUGAAUUCUUACGUACCAAAUUAAUCUUCUUUC